CUCUACUGGACUAGUACUAGUGGUGGCGUUGAAGCAUCGCAAAGCCAUAGAAAUGUCUCGAAAGGAUCCGAGAAUCUUUGAAAGGCGAUGAAGGUGGUAUCUGCAGCCAACUAGAUAUGGUUUCUUCAACCCUAAAUCGCUAAUUUCAUCUGUCGUUAGAGCUGGUAUCCUGCAUUUGGUCCUUUUUACUGAGUUUGUGGUUAGAGAUUUGAAGUAUUUGUGUUAUGAGGGUAGUACGUGGUCACUACAGUGAGGCCAUCAAUACUAAGGGUCGAGAGAUGAAUAAGAAUCAAACAGUUGGGGUUUCAGACUCGGAAGAUGACUCUGAUGAUUACGACAUUGCUGAAGCAAACUGUGAGCUAGCUAUGGUAGAAGGUCAGCUCUGUAACAUACCUUAUGAGCUCUAUGAUCUACCAGAUUUGACGAGAGUAUUUUCUGUAGAGACGUGGAACUCAUCUCUGACAGAAGAAGAAAGAUUCUUCCUCUCAUGUUUUCUGCCAGAUAUGGAUCAACAGACAUUCAGCAUGACGAUGCAGGAGCUUCUUGGAGGCGCCAAUUUAUAUUUUGGGAAUCCACAGGAUUUGUUUUACAAGAAUUUGAGAGGAGGAUUGUUCACUCCAAAGGUAGCUUGUUGUAAAGAAGGGGUUAUGUUCGUCAAGAGGAGAAAGUAUUACUACUCUUUAAAGUUCUAUCAAGAAAAAUUGAUCAAUACAUUCACUGAGAUGCAAAGGUUGUGGACUCAGGAUGGAAAGAAACUGGGAAAUAAAGCAAGACUCCUCCUUUGGUCAGAACGAACACAAACCGGUGAUCUCAAGCUACCCGACCUUAAUAGAGUUCCAUCUGAGGAAAUGGAUAGUGCUAAAUUCAAAACUCCUAGAGUAGUGAAACCUGUGGACCGAAAUAAAACGAAAAGUUUCACCUUCCCUCGCAUUGACAACUCCAAGAACAGUCUCAAGAUAAAGAUAAACAAGAAAGGAAUAUUCCAGUACCAAGGUUCCAGCUUAUUUUCUGCUGGCCAUCAUCAUCAAAGUUUGCCAAAGGGUCUUCUAAAAGUAGUCCCUAAAUCUUUUUCUGCCAUUCUCAGGGAACCCUAUGUAGCACCAGGAAACAAUCUCCUGCAAAACCAUGAAACCGGUUCAAAGAGUACUAGAUUUGCAGCGUCUCCAUACUCAGGUUCGAGAUUUGAGAAAUCACCCUACGGAAGUAGGGCUUGUUCUAUCGCACAUCUCCCAAAAUGCUUACUGAAUCACCAAGACCCUUUCUUAAACUAUUUGGAAACUACGCAAAGCUCAAUUGACAGGACAGAACCGGUGUUGCAUGAUCCAUUCCCCAGAGGUCUUGGAGUUUCGAAUUACUCCAUCACAGAACAUAAUCUGGCUCUAAAACAAGAAGAAUAUGUACACUACCACCUGAAGUCUCCUGGUUUUAAGCUGAGGACUGUUGACAGCGGCUCUGAAACAGCAGAGACCAAGAGGAUUUUGUCUGGUAAUCACUUUCAGAGGGAAGCCAAGGUUCUGAGAAAACCGCUGCGUGUUCUGAGGGAAGACAUUCAUGCUCAAGAAUCAGACAACGACCAUUUGUUUUCCUUGACGUACAAGCGUAGAAAGGUUCAGAGAAUCGGCAUCGCUUGAGCCUCCACUCUGUGCCAAUCCAAUAUUCCACCUAAUGUACUCUUCCAUUGCUAGGAGAUUCAUGAAAUUAUGAAGUGUAAUAGGCUUAUUGGUGAUUGGAUUUGGUUUGAGGUUAAGAUGGUUUAUUUUCAUAAGAAUUAGACACUUAAGGGAAGUAUUGAAGAAAUAAAGGAGUGAAUUGUAAUAACCAAUAAUUAAUCCCAACUACUUAAAAAACA